UUGAGUAAAUCCAGCGAGAUUUGCUGUUAUUAUUUUGAAGUUCUUUUAAAGUAAAGUUACGUAUUCGAGGGUAUUCCAGAAGUCAUAUAAUUUUCUUUUGAGUACAUUUUUGAUGCAAAGAUGUUUAUUGAAUCUCGAGGAAACCACUGGAGCUCCGAGCAUCACUUUGAGCACAAAAUGUCAGGUAAAAGGCAACUAAGCAUCCUUUCAUUCACCCUGAGAGGAAAGCCCACCAAAAAGAGCAGGUUACAGGAUGCUGGCCCAGAGAAGGUGGCGAAAAUGGUAGGCACAUUAGGGGAGGAGACAGAGGAGGAGACAGUGCAGGUGGAAGAUGAUGAGACAGUGCAGGUGGAAGAUGAUGAGACAGUGCAGGUGGAAGAUGAUGAGACAGUGCAGGUGGAAGAUGAUGAGACAGUGCAGGUGGAAGAUGAUGAGACAGUGCAGGUCGAAGAUGAAGAGACAGUGCAGGUGGAAGAGGAAGAGACGGUGGUGGAGAUGGCUAAGGUGUCAGAAGAGGCCAUAUAAACAAAAGGGAGAAAAAUACCAGGAGCAGCUACCUACAAGAGCUCUCCUAAAUGGCACACUUGUCACUUUUUUAAAUUAAUCCUUCAACCUAAAUUAAUCCUUUUUAUUUUACCUCUUCUAUUUAUCUACUUUCUAUUUUUUUUUUUAAUUCUGUAAAGUUGAGAUUACUUUGAGCACAACAAAUUUCAUGACUGAUAAAUGUUAUUUAUGUGUAUAUGACAAUAAACUUGAAACUUGUAUAACCCAGAGAUGUCCUAUGAGAAGCCUGUAUUUGACUAGCUUUCUCUAUGUCUUCUGCCUCACUGAUAGGAGAAGAACUCAAUGUGGGUUUCACCACCAGAGCUACGCUAAACAGGCUUCUUGAAGCCGGAGAGGUCACAUCAAAGAAGGCUCAACAAUUCCAGCAGGCAGCACUGGCCUUUUUGGUGGGAGCUGUGGAGUAUGCCAUGGAUAAACUCCCGUUGAAAGAUGCUCUCCUGAAGCAUGCCAGAUUUAUUGAUGUGCAGCUAAGAGCUGAGUGUGGGGUUAAGGAUGCCUUAUACUUUGUAGACAGAUUUCAGGAACUCCUUCCUUUUCAAGACCCAAAGGAACAAGACCAAGUAAGUGAGGAGUUUAUGGAGUACCAACUCAUGGACAUUGCCUUGCCCCAGGACCCAACAGUCUUUGAUGUUGAGGAGUUUUGGGGACACAACAACAAAGAACAAGGUGACAGGCUUGAACCAAUUUGGGAGGCUAUCAAAGAUCGCAGCCUUGGUUUUAGUGCUUCCUCAUUCUAAUGCUGAUGCUGAGAGGGUAUUUUCGAUGGUUGGUUUGAACAAAACCUCAACACGAAACAGUUUGUCUCUGUUUGUCUUCAAAUGGGAGCCAACACCACAAAUGAUAAAGGAGUCCAAAAAGGCAACAAACACUUACAACAAACAACACCAGUAAUAAUCUCUCUCUCUCUCUCUCUCUCUCUCUCUCUCUCUCAUAAACACCACUCGCACUCACAAACACCACUCGCACUCAAACACACACACACACACAAAUUUUAUAAAUGGAAAUUGAAUAAACACUUUUCAUUUGGUUAAAUUGUCAGUGUCAUGUUUCAGAUAUUUUCUUCUGGGGUUGGGGGGGACUCACUCUUGCCUGUCUUCAAAACUUGAGAGCCCUGUGGUUGUGUUACAUUGUUUAUAAUAUUACAAAGGUUUUGAUAAUAAAUUCGAUAGAAUUUGAUGUAAUAUUCAUUACCUGAUAACCAAGGAAGUGAUGUGUUAUUUUUUUAUGUAAAAGUAGCGAGAUGUUACGUGUUCCUUUAAAAGAUAUGUGUAAUAACGUUGUGGUCAUUUUCAAAGGGUGUCCACAUGAACUGGAAAUAAUUUGGUUGUUAAGAGAUGUAGAAAUUGUAAUUUGACCAGAUUAACUGAAUUAUGUGUGUCACUUGUUUAAUAUGUGGGAUAUACAUGUAUGCAUAUCAUUCUCAGUCAUUGUUAAAUUUCAAUGCUGAGUUACUUGAUGCUAAUAAUAUGCAUUAACAGAGUUGUUCAUGAUAUACUGAUGUAUACUAAAUUGAGAGUAAUAUUAUGUGCAUCUUUCAAUGUAGGCCAGGUUUUUGAUCCCCUUUUGAAUUAUCUUCCGGAUGGAAGAUGGCGAGCCUCCAGUUUGAUUGUAGUGAUUUUGUUUGAUGUCAACUCUCAACCUUCCAUUGCUGUGGUAGGACUGUGCAUCACAUGAUUUUUUGCAAUCCGUGGAUUAUUUUCCUUUACUGGAACUUCUAUUGAACUCUAAUUCUAUUGAAUUCUUGAACUUUGGAAAAAACCCAAUCUGAGCUCAGCAACGUGGACUUCAAUGGACAAUGGUUGAUAAUUAAUCACCAAGAAAUACACUUACACUGAUAACACAAGCACAAUACACCUACAUGUUCAUCUGAUUGUUUGUUUAAUUCAUUGUUGAAGUUAAUACAAGUUAUAAUUGUAAACACA